GGUGACGUCAGACGCAAAACGCCGGGCCUACCGCGGGAGCGUGAAGGACUCCACGAAUUCCGUUUGGAGGCAUCUUUGAGCUCGCCGAGUAAGCAUCAUGAGCAAAGCUCACCCUCCCGAGUUGAAAAAAUUUAUGGACAAGAAAUUAUCAUUGAAAUUAAAUGGUGGCAGACAUGUCCAAGGAAUAUUGCGGGGGUUCGAUCCCUUUAUGAAUCUUGUGAUAGAUGAAUGUGUGGAGAUGGCAACUAGUGGGCAACAGAACAAUAUUGGAAUGGUGGUAAUUCGAGGAAAUAGUAUCAUCAUGUUAGAAGCCUUGGAACGAGUAUAAACAAUGGGUGUGUUCACCAGAAGAAACCAACUGCUUCCACGUGUCCCCUUCAUAGCACCUGUUUUACUACAAUAUAAAAAUCAGGUCAUGCAUUUUCAUAUUGAACUUUUUUGUUAAAUAAACUUUUUUAAUAGUCAAAAAAUGCUUUCUCAGACAUUCCGAACGUGGAAAAUUGAAUGUUAGCUUUUACUCUAGUUUUUUCUAACACAAACUGUUCCUGGUUGAGACUGAUUUAUUCCAAAGCUUUUAUGCAUUAAUAUUGAAGAAUCUGAUUAAAUGUGAAGCAUGGCUAGGA